AUGACGAUCAUAAAGGCAACCGGCGUGAAUGUGGCAACGGUAUUUUCCAGUCUCAACGAAUACGGCAACGCUGGCGGUACGGAACUGGGCAGUGGAAAACUGGCCGGAAAGCGUGAAAACAACGAGCUGAGUACCAACGAGUGCGAAGGUGGUAAAAAACAAACAGUUGAAGCUAUAUUAACAAACAUAGAGAAAAAUCGAUCAAAUAAACUAAGCGAAGUCAUUAAUGCUAAAAAUAAUAAGGGCAGCACUCCUCUCCACUUCGCUGCUUUGAAUGGUCACUUGGAAACCGUAAAGUAUCUAGUGGACGAAAAGAAAGCUGAUUUUAAUGCAGUAAAAAAUGAUGGGAGUACUCCUCUCCACUUAGCUGCUUCUAAAGGUUACUUGGCAACCGUAAAGUAUCUAGUAGACGAAAAGAAGGUUGAUUUUAAUGUACAGGAUAAAGAAGGCAGGACUCCCCUCCAGUAUGCUGCUACGAAUGGUCACUUAGAAACCGUAAAAUAUCUAGUAGACGGAAAGAAGGUUGAUUUUAAUGUACAGGAUAAAGAAGGCUGGACUUCUCUCCACUUCGCUGUUUUAAAUGGUCACUUGGAAACCGUAAAGUAUCUAGUAGACGAAAAGAAGGUUGAUUUUAAUGUACAGGAUAAAGAAGGCUGGACUCCUCUCCACUUCGCUGUUUUAAAUGGUCACAUGGAAACCGUUAAGUAUCUAGUAGACGAAAAGAAGGUUGAUUUUAAUGUACAGGAUAAAGAAGGCAGUACUCCUCUCCACUUUGCUGUUAUAAAUGGUCACUUGGAAACCGUAAAGUAUCUAGUAGACGAAAAGAAGGUUGAUUUUAAUGCAGUGAAAAAUAAUGGCAGUACUCCCCUCCACUUAGCUGCUUUGAAUGGUCACAUGGAAACCGUAAAGUAUCUAGCAGUCGAAAAGAAGGCUGAUUUCAAUGCAGUGAACAAUGAUGGCACUAUUCCUCUCCACUUCGCUGCUUGGUAUGGUCACUUGGAAACCGUAAAGUAUCUUGUAGACGAAAAGAAGGCUUAUUUUAAUGUACAGGAUAAAGAAGGCAGUACUCCUCUCCACUUCUCUGCUUGGAAUGGUCACUUGGAAACCGUAAAGUACCUAGUAGACGAAAAGAAGGCUGAUUUUAAUGCAGUGAAAAAUAAUGGCAGUACUCCUCUCCACUUAGCUGCUUGGAAUGGUCACUUGGAAACCGUAAAGUAUCUUGCAGACGAAAAGAAGGCUUAUUUUAAUGUACAGGAUAAAGGAGGCAGUACUCCUCUCCACUUUGCUGCUUGGAAUGGUCACUUGGAAACCGUAAAGUACCUAGUAGACGAAAUGAAGGCUGAUUUCAAUGCAGUGAACAAUAAUGGCAGUACUCCUCUCCACUUAGCUGCUUGGAAUGGUCACUUGGAAACCGUAAAGUAUCUAGUGGACGAACAGAAGGCAGAUUUUAAUGCAGUGAGAAAUAAUGGCAGUACUCCUCUCCACGAUGCUGCUUUGAAUGGUCACUUGGAAACCGUAAAGUAUCUAGUAGACGAAAAGAAGGCUAAUUUUAAUGUACAGGAUAAAGAAGGCAGGACUCCUCUCCAAGAUGCUGCUUUGAAUGGUCACUUGGAAAUCGUAAAGUAUCUAGUAGACGAAAAGGAGGCUGAUUUUAACGUACAGGAUAAAGAAGGCACGACUCCUCUCCACGAUGCUGCUUUGAAUGGUCACUUGGAAACCCUAAAGUAUCUAGUAGACGAAAAGAAGGUUGACUUUAAUGUAGUGAAAAAUGAUGGCAGUACUACUCUCCACUUAGCUGCUUCUAAAGGUUACUUGGAAACCGUACAGUAUCUAGGAGACGAAAAAAAUGUUGAUUUUAAUGCGCAGGAUAAAGAAGGCAGGACUCCUCUCCAAUAUGCCGCUGCGAAUGGUCACUUGGAAACCGUAAAGUAUCUAGUAGACGAAAAGAAGGUUGAUUUUAAUGUACAGGAUAAAGAAGGCAGGACUCAUCUCCACGAUGCUGCUUUGAAUGGUCACUUGGAAACCGUAAAGUAUCUAGUAGACGAAAAGAAGGUUAAUUUUAAUGUACAGGAUAAAGAAGGCAGGACUCCUCUCCAGUAUGCUGCUACGAAUGGUCACAUGGAAACCGUAAAGUAUCUAGUAGACAAAAAGAAGGUUGAUUUUAAUGUACAGGAUAAAGAAGGCAGUACUCCUCUUCACUUCGCUGCUUCUAAAGGUCACUUGGAAACCGUAAAGUAUCUUGUAGACGAAAAGAAGGCUGAUUUUAAUGUACAUGACAAAGAAGGCAAGACUCCUCUCCACGAUGCUGCUUUGAAUGGUCACUUGGAAACCGUAAAGUAUCUAGUAGACGAAAAGAAUGUUGAUUUUAAUGUACAGGAUAAAGAAGGCAGUACUCCUUUCCACUUCGCUGCUUCUAACGGUCACUUGGAAAGCGUAAAGUAUUUAAUAGACGAAAAGAAAGCUGAUUUUAAUGCAGUUAAAAAUGAUGGCAGUACUCCUCUCCACUUAGCGGCUUCUAAAGGUCACUUGGCAACCGUAAAGUAUCUAGUAGACGAAAAGAAGGCUGAUUUUAAUGUACAGGAUAAAGAAGGCAGGACUCCUCUCCAUGAUGCUGCUUUGAACGGUCACUUGGAAAUCGUUAAGUAUCUAGUAGACGAAAAGAAGGUUGAUUUUAAUGUACAGGAUAAAGAAGGCAGUACUCCUCUCCACUUCGCUGCUUCUAAUGGUCACUUGGAAAGCGUAAAGUAUCUAGUAGACGAAAAGAAGGCUGAUUUUAAUGUACAGGAUAAAGAAGGCUGGACGCCUCUCCACGAUGCUGCUUUGAAUGGUCACUUGGAAACCGUAAAGUAUCUACUAGACGAAAAGAAGGUUGAUUUUAAUGUACAGGAUAAAGAAGGCAGUACUCCUCUCCACUUCGCUGCUUCUAAAGGUCACUUAGAAACCGUAAAGUAUCUAGUAGACGAAAAGAAGGUUGAUUUUAAUGUACAGGAUAAAGAAGGCAGGACUCCUCUCCACGAUGCUGCUUUGAAUGGUCACUUGGAAACCGUAAAGUAUCUAGUAGACGAAAAGAAGGUUAUUAAUGUACAGAAUAAAGAAGGCAGGACUCCUCUCCAGUAUGCUGCUACGAAUGGUCACUUGGCCGUAAAGUAUCUAGUAGACGAAAAGAAGGCUGAUUUUAAUGGACAGGAUAAAGAAGGCAGGACUCCUCUCCAGUAUGCUGCUACGAAUGGUCACUUGGAAACCGUAAAGUAUCUAGCUUACGGCCGCGUGGUCUACGUGACAUUCGAGGACGACCAGGGCCCCCGGAUAACGCGCCUGCUGUGCUCCAAUUCCAGAAUGACCCCGCUAAAGGCGAUGACGCUGCCCCGACUAGAACUGCAAGCGGCGGUACUGCUAUCCGAUCUCUACGACAGUACGAAGGAAGGAAGAAAACAAGACGCUUCGCGUAAUUGGAACAAAUUUGCCAGUGAUCACAAUCCACGGCUUGAGUGUGUUGUGUCGAUAUUGGAAUCAACGGACCUGGUAGACAUUGACAAGGUGCAGGGUGACUUGAAACUGAAUGAGGACGACGAGCGCAUCAACUGUCAGGAUAUGAUUGGUGAUCCAAGAACGCUAUGCAAAAUCGGGUAUGGUUGGUAA